AUGCUGGUAUGGCUGUCGCGAUGCCUGCCAGGGUUCAGCAUCAUCGCAUUGGCUGCAAUGCUAGUCUUUGCCUUCUCUGGCCUCCUCACAUCAGCACUCUGGUUGCGCAUCUUUCCGCCGUCGAUAUUCCCUCCCUUUGAAGAUCCCUGGAACGGCCUCAAUAUCGCCCAGAUCGUAUUUGUGGUCUAUAAUGUCUUUGUCCAUAUACAAAUGUGUGCCUUCACCGUUCGCCUGGGCUGGUCGUUCACCAAUAUGAUAAAGCAAACCCGUCUUGCCAUCCAGAGGCGGCCCUUAGAGGUUCCUCUUACGUCUACAGGUCAAGCAGAGUUGAUCGCUGGUCCCAAGAUGUCAAUCAAUAAACCCAUGGAUCAAAUUGACGAGCAGAUGCCAGCGCCUGAGCUGAUUCAUGCAAUCAUUCUUCCCAACUACUGUGAAGAUCUUCACACCCUAGAGACUACUCUGAAGGUGUUAGCAUGUCAUCCGAGGGCCAAGGCGCAAUAUGAGAUCUACCUCGCAAUGGAACUCAAGGAAGAGUCCAGCAUGAUGAAGGCUGCCCAGCUUGUUUCCGCAUUCGAGGAUCAUUUCCUAGAUAUCCAGUCAACCUUUCAUCCACCUGGUAUCCAGGGCGAAAUUGCAGGGAAAAGUUCAAAUGUGGCAUUUGCUGCCCGAAGCAUCAUCGAAGUCCAUCGUUCAUCCUUGCGAAUGGAUGAAUGCAACGUCAUGGUUACUGUGAUGGACGCGGAUACUCAUCUAUCCCGCGAUUACUUCACCGAGAUCCGUCGCCUACAUUACAACAACAUUACAGAGGCAAACCGUGCUAUCUACUGUUGUCCGAUCAUAUUCGAUCGCAACUCCAACGAAAGCCCUAUACUUGUCAGAUGUGCCGACCUUCUGUGGAGCUUCGCAGGCAUUUCUACCAUGCACCCAUAUACCGCGAUCGCCAUCCCAACGUCGGUGUAUUCCCUCCCAUUGUCUUUAGCAGAGAGGGUCGGCGGCUGGGACAGUGACCCGACAGCAAUCGGCGAAGAUCUGCACAUGUUGCUCAAGUGCUAUUUCGAAACGUCCGGAAAUCUGAUUUCUCGCGUGGUCUAUAUCCCAGCUAGCCAAUGUAACGUCUCCAGCGAUCGAGGUGUCGGCUGGCGGCGAACGGUGGACACUUGGCUUGCCCGCUAUCGCCAGGCGCUUCGACACAUGUGGGGCGCCCUAGACUCGGGGUUCGCAGCACGCCGAACAAUUGGCUAUCUUCGCUUCCAUCAACGUUGCUUGUUCCUGCGUCCCCGCCACUUCGCCCUUCUCCACCUGCUCUGGGAAGCCCAUUUCAUGCCCUGCCAUCUGACGAUCCUCAUGCUCUUCUCGGUGCUUUAUACCCUGUGGACGCCUGCAGGACUUUUGCAUACGACUUUGGCCUGGACUUUCGGCUUCACCAACACUCUGCGCACGCUGGCCUUCAUCGGUCUGAAUAUCUCAGUCGUUCUCUAUGAGCGCUGGCACGCUAUUUGUCUGAACUCUCGUAUGAAGGACAUGCACGAGGCCAAUAUCCCUGAUACGGGAUUCUCGCAUCGCAUCUGGUCUCGACCGCAGCAUUUGUUCGAGCGACUAUGCCUCCCUGUCUCUGGCACCAUCUACGGUGCAGUUCCAACUAUCCAUGCCGUGUUCUCUCACUUCUGGACUGAUCGCUUAGUCUAUCGGGUGAGUAAGAAACCCAAAUUUGUCUUGGAGGAGCUCGGUGUUCUGUGA